UGGGUGUGCGUCUUUGUGCAGAAGACGUGCUGCCUGCCUUGUCCAGGAUGGGGGCCACAUCUGUCUGGGCCUUGAGCCUCCUGGUGUUCCAGAUGCUGUUAUUGGUGGCUGGGGAACAGGGCACACAGGAUGCCACUACUGCUGCCACGGCUGCCACCGAGAAGGGGCUCCACAUGCAGAAGGUGGGGUCUGGGUUGGUGCGGGCUGCACUGGCGGAGCUGGCGGCCCUGCCUUGUCUCUUCACCUUGCGGCCAUGGCUGGGUGCAGCCAGAGAAGCCCCUCGGAUUAAGUGGACCAAGGUGCGCACUGCAUCAGGCCAGUGGCAGGACUUGCCCAUCCUGGUGGCCAAGGACAAUGUGGUUCGAGUGGCCAAGGGUUGGCAGGGACGUGUGUCUCUGCCCGCCUACCCUCAGCACCGGGCCAACGCCACGCUGCUACUGGGGCCGCUGAGGGCCAGCGACUCCGGGCUCUACCGCUGCCAGGUGGUGAGGGGCAUCGAGGAUGAGCAGGACCUGGUGUCCCUGGAGGUGACAGGUGUUGUGUUUCAUUAUCGGGCAGCCCAGGAUCGCUAUGCACUGACCUUCGUUGAGGCCCAGGAGGCCUGUCGUCUCAGCUCAGCCACUAUUGCAGCCCCACGCCACCUCCAGGCUGCCUUUGAGGAUGGCUUUGACAAUUGUGAUGCCGGCUGGCUCUCUGACCACACUGUUCGGUAUCCUAUCACCCAGUCCCGUCCUGGUUGCUAUGGCGACCGUAGCAGCCUUCCAGGGGUGAGGAGCUAUGGGAGGCGCGACCCACGGGAACUCUACGAUGUGUAUUGCUUUGCCCGUGAGCUGGGGGGCGAGGUCUUCUAUGUGGGCCCCGCCCGCCGCCUGACCCUGGCAGGGGCGCGUGCCCAGUGCCGCCGCCAGGGCGCCGCGCUGGCCUCGGUGGGGCAGCUGCACCUGGCCUGGCACGAAGGCCUGGACCAAUGCGACCCGGGCUGGCUGGCCGAUGGCAGCGUACGCUACCCGAUCCAGACGCCUCGCCGGCGCUGCGGGGGUCCCGCCCCAGGCGUGCGCACAGUCUACCGGUUCGCCAACCGCACUGGAUUCCCGGCUCCUGGAGCGCGCUUCGACGCCUACUGCUUCCGAGCUCAUCACCCUACACCACAACAUGGAGACCCAGAGACCCCCUCAUCUGGGGAUGAGGGGGAGAUUCUGUCAGCAGAAGGGCCCCCAGCCCAAGAACUGGAGCCCAGCCUGGGGGAGGAGGAGGUGGUCACCCCUGACUUCCAGGAGCCUCUGGUGUCCAGUGGAGAGGAAGAGCCUCUGAUCUUGGCAGAGAAGCAGGAGUCUCAAAACACCCAUGGCCCUGCCGUUGGGGGCCCCACACUAACCUCAAGGCCUGCCAUGGAGGCUGAGGAGGCAUGGCUGAGCACGGUGGCCCCCCACCCCAGCAGCGUGGAGGCAGGCACUGCUGAAGCAACCCCAGCUGGCCCUAUGCCCAAGAGGAGGGGGCGCUUUAAAGUGUUGAAUGGUCGCCAUUUCCAGCAGCAGGAAUCCCAGCAAGGGCUGGAGGUGGGUCUCAAGACCAGUGCCCAGCCCCCUACCCCAGAGGCUGCUGGGAAUCACGUGGAGCCUCCCCUGGCCACCGGAGCCACAGACACCUCAGGGAGUGGCCGGAGCCAAAGCCCCUGGGCCGUACUGACCAAUGAGGUGGAUGUGCCUGGAGCUGGUUCCCCUGGUGGCAGGAGCACCCCAGAGCCCUGGCUGUGGCCCCCAACCAUGGCCCCACCCAGCAUCCCAGGCCCCAGCAGGGCCCUUGGCCUGGAGCUAAAGGAAGCCAAGGGCCCCAGUGUGAGGCUGGCCAUGCCCAACCAUCCCUGGUCCCCCUCAGAGGCCACUGCCCUGGUUCCUAGCCCCUCAGAGGGUCCCAGCACUGCCCCCUGGGAGGCGUCCCCCCCGGAAACUUCCCUAGACCUCCCUGUCAUGGCCAUGCUUCGUGCCCCCAAACUGUGGCUCCCACCACACCCUACACCCCUCCCCACCCAGGACAGUGGGGUCAAGGAACAUAAUGAGGCCAUGACUGCUGCCCCACCCUCCCCAGCCUCGGAGACCCAGGCUGGUCCCCAGGACCCCAUUUAUCCAGAGGUGUAUUCUUUGUCCCCCUCCUUGGACCUGACAAGACAGGGUGGAGAGGCCAUAUUCCUGACAUUUAAUGGCCGUGGACCAGGAAGUCCUACUGCCUCCUCACAGGUAGCCAUAGACACACGAGCUGGAGCCAGUCCUAACUCCCCCAGGGAAGACUUUGGAGAAAUUGGGGGGACCAGCCCCACUGAGCUCAGCAAAGCUGAACACCCCAGAUUUAGCCCACAGGCUUCUGUGGAUGGGAAUGUGACAGCAGAUUUCACCCCCAUGGAGACGGCCACUGAGCCCAUGGGAGUGAGAGACAUCUCGGGGUCUGAGUCUGGAGUCUUUAGCACAGCAGAGAGUCCCACUUUCAGCUCACAGGCCACCAUGGAUGAAGCACAGGGCAGUUGGCCCUCACUGCACAGUGAAGGACUGGACCUCCACCCCCAUUCUGCACCACUGGGGGGCUCCGGAGUCUCCUUGAUGCCUGGGGUCACCCCAAGUUUGGAGUCUUUGGCUGCUACAGAUGGAGAAGCCAUGGUGGGUCCCACAGAUUCCAUGACCACGCUGGACCCCAGUGAUGCUGGUGGGGUUUGGGAACCUGGAUCCCGCAUGAUGGAAGGAACUGAAAGCCCCACCUUGAGCCCUCAAGUAGCUGUGGAUACAAGCAUGGUGACAUCCCUCAUGUCCCUGGACCAGGGGGACAAAGUUGGGAUCCUGGCCACAUCCAGCUCCCAACCCCACCCAGAGCCAAAGGGCCAGAUGGUGACCCAAGGAAUGCUGGUAGCCUUGGUCUCUCCACAAGAGGGCGGCCCCCUGAGGGAGCCCACUUUUCCUUCUUGGACACCUACUGCGGCCAGCAUGGAUGAGCCUGUGUUAGUAUCCUCGGGGGAGCCUACAGUGCCGUGGGACUCCCUCAGCACCCUGCUGCCUGCCCCCCGAGUCCUGGAUGAGUUUGAGCUGGAAGUUCUGGCGGAGAAUGCUGGUGUGGAGGAGGCAGCAAGUGGAGAGGAGCCAGCCCUGCCAGGGACCCCUGCAAAUGGGAGUGCAGAGCAGACCCCCUCAGAUCCCUGUGAGAACAACCCUUGCCUGCACGGGGGCACCUGUAGAGCCAAUGGUACCAUGUAUGGCUGUAGCUGUGACCAGGGCUUCGCUGGGGAGAACUGUGAAAUUGACGUCGACGACUGUGUCUCCAGCCCCUGUGAGAACGGAGGUACGUGCAUUGAUGAGGUCAACGCCUUCGUCUGCCUUUGCCUCCCCAGCUACGGGGGCAGCCUCUGUGAGAAAGACACAGAGGGUUGUGACCAUGGCUGGCACAAGUUCCAGGGCCACUGCUACCGGUACUUUGCCCAUCGGCGGGCGUGGGAGGAUGCCGAGAGGGACUGCCGCCGCCGAGCCGGCCACCUGACCAGCAUCCACUCACCUGAGGAACACAGCUUCAUUAACAGCUUUGGGCGUGAAAACACGUGGAUUGGCCUGAAUGACAGGAUCGUGGAGAGGGAUUUCCAAUGGACUGACAACACGGGGCUGCAAUAUGAAAACUGGCGUGAGAACCAGCCAGACAAUUUCUUCGCGGGCGGGGAGGAUUGUGUGGUGAUGGUGGCACAUGAGAGUGGGCGUUGGAAUGAUGUUCCCUGCAACUACAACCUCCCCUAUGUCUGUAAGAAGGGCACAGUGCUGUGUGGUCCCCCUCCAGCAGUGGAGAACGCUUCACCCAUUGGUGCCCACAAGGCCAAGUAUAAUGUCCAUGCCACUGUACGCUACCAGUGUGACGAAGGAUUUGCCCAGCACCAUGUGGCCACCAUCCGGUGCCAGAACAAUGGCAAGUGGGACCGGCCCCAAGUCGUCUGCACCAAACCCAGACGGUCCCAUCGGAUGCGGCGACACCAUCACCACCACCAACACCACCACCAGCGUCGCCACCACAAAUCACGCAAGGAGCGCAGAAAACACAAGAAACACCCAGCAGAGGACUGGGAGAAGGAGGAAGGGAAUUUCUGCUGAAGAACCAGGCAAAAGAAAGCACAACCCCCUCCCCACAUCUCCUCUGGAGUCUUCACCUGGGGAGACAGAGCCCAGAGAGAAACAAGAGGGUUUGGAAGCCCCUGAGCCCCAAACCACAUCCCCCCACCAUGUAAUCCUUUGUAAAAAGCUCGCCUCUCCUCUUUCUUACAUACACAGGUCCUCUUGGCAGGUGUAGCCAUGAGUCUGAAAAUCCAGUUCUAGUCAGGCUGGCAUCUGGGAGCAUCUCCCAGUGGAGGGAAGCACAAUCAGCAAAGAUCACUCUUUGCUGCACUAGAUUUUAGUCUUUUGUUGGCAAGGCUGCCUGCCAGUGGUUGAAAUAAGGCUUUGAUGAGGGUACAAGAGUAUAUAUUUGGAUUCACACUAAGGAAUUGCUUUUCACACUAGAGAUUUAGGCUUCGUAAACUGUCAGAUGUCCCAAAUGCAGCCUGAAGCCUUUAGGGGAGGUCACUGGCUUUGGGAAUAGAAAACUACAUGGAAGCACACUGCUUGAACUUGACGACUGCUCUUCUUUUACCCUGGACUUCAGCCCAAGUUCAGUCUUUGGUCUUGGUGGAUAAACAGUGUUAAACUCCUAUGUACUGAAUUUUAGGAAUGUUUUUAGAAUAAUCUGUGCCCUCUGAGUUAGGGAUCAGACUAGUCAGAGUAAUAAUGUGGGCAAUGGAGGGAAAGUGUAUUGCUUACCGUCCCAGGACUAGUCCCAGUGCUGAGAUUUGGUGGUUCUGCAUGUGUGGUGAAUCAAACCUGCGCGCACACACACACACACAGAUGAGAGGAUAUUUAGGGUUUGACAAGCCCAGAUUUCUUCCCCCUCCAUCUCUCAGGGAGACAAAGAACCUCCUUCCUGGACCAAGGAGGUGCCAAGUUGUCUAGCUCAGUGUCCGUACCCAUCCCUCAAGCAGAUGUUGGUAGUGCACUGCCCUGCCCUAUCCCUGCCUCCAUCCACUGCCUGGGAGACCAGAAAUGCUUAAAAAUUGAAGUGGUGACAUCUACCUGCAGUCAUGUUGUAGAGAGAUGCAG